AAAAGAAAGCCGGAAGAAGAAAAGUCGCUCCUUCCUCCCCCCUUCUUCCCUCCCUUAUAAGCAUCGUAUCGUCCAUCAUUUUGUUCAAUCCCUUCCCAGCCAGCUCAAUCCACCUACAAUUAACACCAAUCUCUCUCUCUCCGUCAAGCUAGCAAGCACUAUAUUGUGUUGGAUGCGCGGUGGUUCGAAGAGUAAACUUUGCCCUAAUUUGAUCAUGGAGGGUGAAAUUCCAAAGCAGAAGUAUGGGGUUUUUGGGGGAAGUUCUCUUUUGCUUGAGCUUGCAGCGAAAGAUGACAUGGCGGGUUUCAGAUCUUCUGUGGAAAACAAGGGUUUUGGUGUUGAUGAGGCAAACUUGUGGUACGGCAGAAGAAUUGGAUCCAGAAGGAUGGGGUUUGAGGAGAGGACGCCUCUCAUGAUAGGUUCUUUGUAUGGAAGCACCGAGGUGCUGAAGUACCUGAUUGGGUCUGGAGAUGUUGAUGUCAACCGAGCUUGCGGCUCAGAUGGAGCGACCGCCCUCCACUGUGCGGCUGCCAGUGGCUUGGACUCAUCUGUCGAUGUUGUCAAGCUCUUGCUUGAUGCAUCGGCGGAUGUCAAUUCUGUUGAUGCUGAUGGAAAUAAACCCAGGGACUUGGUUACUCGUAACUUGAAGGGUUUGAGCAAUUCAAGAAGAAAAUCAUUGGUGAUGUUGUUAAAAGGCGAUAAUGCUGUUGAUGAGGAAGCAGUUGUAUUAUGUGAGGUAGCACAACAGCUACACUCAAUUCCACAGUUGCCAAAAGCAGGGACCGAUAAGAAAGAAUACCCUGUCGAUGUGUCCCUUCCGGAUAUCAAUGAUGGGUUAUAUGCCACAGAUGACUUCAGGAUGUAUUCUUUUAAGGUGAAGCCUUGUUCGAGGGCGUACUCCCAUGAUUGGACAGAGUGCCCGUUUGUCCAUCCGGGGGAGAACGCCAGGAGGCGUGACCCAAGGAAGUACCAGUAUAGCUGCGUACCAUGCCCAGAGUUCCGCAAGGGGGCUUGUGCUAAAGGGGAUGCUUGUGAGUAUGCCCAUGGUGUAUUUGAGUCCUGGCUACAUCCUGCGCAAUACAAAACUAGGCUCUGCAAGGAUGAAACUGGCUGCUCCAGGAAAGUAUGUUUUUUCGCCCACAAGCCUGAAGAAUUGCGCCCCUUGUAUGCUCUGACAGGGUCAGCCAUGCCUUCUCCCAAGUCAGUUCCGUCCAGUGCAGUGGACAUGGCAACAUUGAACCCGGUGGCUCUUGGUUCAUCAUCUUUGAUGAUGCCUGCUACUUCAACGCCUCCCAUGUCUCCUUCUGCUGCUUGUUCGUCACCCAUGGGUGGAAGCAUGUGGCAGAACAAGAUUAAUAUUACCCCGCCUACACUGCAACUUCCUGGUAGCCGGCUUAAGACAGCGUUGAGUGCUAGAGACUUGGAAUUGGAAAUCGAGUUGCUUGGGUUGGAGGGUCUCCGCAACCAGCACCAGCAACAGCAACGCCAGCAAUUGAUCGAUGAGUUGACUAGUGUCUCUUCCCCAUCCAGCUGGAACAAGGGAUAUAGUAAUAACAUUGGGGAUUUGAAACCCACUAACCUUGAUGAUGUUUUUGCAUCUCUGGAUCAUUCCUAUUUGUCUCAAUUGCAGGGUCUCUCACCAAAAUUUUCAACCACCACCACUCAAUUGCAGGGUCUCUCACCAAAAUUUUCAACCACCACCACCCAUUUGCAGUCUCCCACUGCAAUCCCUAUUAGACAGAACAUGAACCAGCUUAGAGCAAGUUACCCUUCUAACCUUUCUUCCUCUCCAGGGAGGAAAUCCUCCAUUUAUGGGUUUGACACCUCUGCUGCAGUGGCAGCAGCGGUAAUGAACUCACGGUCAGCUUCUUUCUCAAAGCGGAGCCAGAGCUUCAUUGACCGGGGAACCAUGAACCACCGUCCCGGCAGUCUCGGGCUCACUGCAGCUGCUAAUUCUGCCAGUUUGUUGCCGUCCAAUUUUUCUGAUUGGAGUUCUCCAGAUGGGAAACUUGACUGGGGCUACCACGCGGAAGGCCAAAACAAACUUAAGAAGUCUGCCUCUUUUGGGAUCCGAAGCAGCAAUGCUGCAGCAGCAAAAUCAACAAUGGCCUCAUCAACACUCGAUGAGCCUGAUGUGUCGUGGGUUCAUUCAUUGGUGAAAGAUUCUUCCUCCGUUGGGGCUGGCCUAUACAGUUCUGACCCGAAGCAUGGAGGAUUCACUGAGGCACUCCCGCCAUGGGUGGAUCAAUUGUAUAUAGAGCAGGAGCAGCUGGUAGCAUAAGCAAGUUCCCAGCCGUGGUUUUUACUUGCGAUUAUCUCUUAACAAUGUUUACUUCUUUCCUGAUUCAUAUUAUUAUUUCAUAAAUUUAGGUGGAAGUAGUGAAAAUUUUAGGCAAAAAAAAAUUGGGUAGGAGGAAUGACUGCUUAUAUUGUUUGCAGCAGCAUAUUUUAGAAGAGAAGAGGGAAGUUGUAGUAGAGAGAGUGAACCUCUCUGUCUCUGUCUCUCUCUCAUUGUUCUAUUAACUACAUGGGAACCAUUUUGACUGUAUGUGCCCAUGCCAAGAAGAAGAAGGAAUUAUGGAGCAAGAGAGGUGUGUAAUUUAAUGUUGAAUGGCCAAAGAUGGCAUUUCAGAUGAAGUGUAAUUCAAUUUGUAAAAUGGGCUUUGAAGAAACUAUUCUAUUUAUUUGUAAAUUAUAUGUAUUCCAUUCAAAUGUUACUUGGUUUUGUAUGCUA